CCAGGCUUGGGUGACGUGAGUGGCGGGAGGGGGUGCGGGACUGCGCUGCGGGGCUGACUGCCGGAACAGGAACCCUCUCGCGGCAGGGGCGCGCUCCGGGUCCGUGGGGCUGGCAGGUGUGUGGCGUUUGCACCUGGCGAGUGAUGGCGCCGGGCGCGGGCGCCCCGGGGUAGCGCCGGCAAGGCUGUGGGGCCCGGCUCUGGCAGCUAUGGGGCUCCUUCCGCUGCUGGUCCUAGCGGUGCUGGCGUUGGAACCCGGGGCUGCCGGUGGAGCCGAGACCGUCGGGAACUCCAGUGAGGGUCUUCUUGAAUUUUCAGUGGGGAAAUUUAGAUACUUCAAGCUCAACAGGCCCUUUCCAGAGGAAGCUAUUUUGCGUCAUAUUUCCAGCAAUGUGACUUUUCUUAUUUUCCAGUUACACUCACAGUAUCAGAAUACAACAAUUUCUUUUUCCGAGAUGCUGCUUCCCAAUGCCUCGGGAACAGGAACUGACAAAGGACUGGUUUUCAUUCUUAGACCAGAGCAGAGUAUGUGCACUUGGCACUUGAAGACCUUAGACUCUAAGCCUGUCCAAAAUGUGGCCAUUCCCCUCUCCUACUCAGAAAGAGAUCCUGUUCCCGGAGGCUGUAAUUUGGAGUUUGAUUUAGAUAUCGAUCCCAACAUUUACUUACAGUAUAAUUUCUUUGAAACAACUAUCAAAUUUGCCCCAGCAAACCUCGGCUAUGCAAGAGGCACAGCUCCUCCACCAUGUGACAUCGAGACAGGCCAGGACUCCAGGUGGAGGUUGCAGUAUGACGUUUAUCAGUAUUUUAUGCCCGAGAACGACCUCACCGAAGAGGCAUUGCUAAGGCAUCUACAGAGAAUGGCUGAGGUCCCUCAGGUGAAGGCCAAUGCUGUCAAGGUGGUUACCUUAACAACUGAUGAUAAGACAAUUGUUUCUUUCUCCUCCCUUUGGGGACAAGGUGUCAUUUACAAUGUCAUCGUUCGGGAUCCAUUUCUAAAUACAUCUGCAGCAUACGUUCCUGUUCACACGUAUGCUUGCAGCUUUGAGGCUGAGGAGGGUAAUUGUUUUUCCCUCGGAAGAGUAUCUACCAAAGUGUUCUUCACUCUUUUUGCCCUCCUUGGUCUCUUCAUUUGCUUCUUUGGACACAGAUUCUGGAAAACAGAACUAUUCUUCAUAGGCUUUAUCCUCAUGGGAUUCUUCUUUUAUAUACUGAUUACAAGACUGACACCUAUUAAGUAUGAUGUCCGCCUGAUUCUGACAGCCCUUGCCGGGAGCAUUGGUGGCAUUUGCUUGGUAGCUGCCUGGUGGCGAUUUGGGAUCCUCGUGCCCUGCAUGCUGUGUGUCGGACUGGUGCUGGGGUUCCUCGUCUCAUCAGUGACUUUCUUCACUCCACUGGGAAAUCUAAAGAUUUUUCGUGACGAUGCUGUGUUCUGGGUGACCUUCUCUUGCAUAGCUGUUCUCAUUCCAGUGGUUUUCAUGGGCUGCCUAAGAAUACUGAACAUACUGACUUGUGGAUUCAUUGGCUCCUAUUCGGUGAUCUUGGCCAUUGACAGUUACUUGUAUACAAGCCUUUCUUACAUCACUUUGAAUGUCCUCAAGAGAGCGCUCCAUGUGGAUUUCCGCAGAGCUUUCGUAAAUGUGCCUUUUCAGACGAAUGACUUUAUUGUCCUGGCAGCAUGGGGGAUGCUGGCUGUAAGUGGAAUUACGUUACAGAUUCGAAGAGAAAGAGGGCAGCCGUUUUUCCCUCCCCACCCGUACAUGUUAUGGAAGCGCGAGCGUGAACGCAGAGUGACGAACAUUCUGGACCCCAGCUACCACAUCCCGCCCCUGAGAGAGAGGCUGUACGGCCAGUUAGCCCAGAUCAAAGCACUCUUCCAGAAGGAACAGCCAGCCGGAGAGAGAACGCCCCUACUUCUAUAGACGCCAGAGAGCUUGGUCUUUGUGAUCUUGAAGGACAACCCAGGCAUCACUGCACAUUGGGUGUUUCUGCCCUGGUGCUUCAGCAGUCUCUGGGGCAAGUCUGCUAAGAACCCGGCCUUUGUACCUGCUUUGUACAGUUUUGUGAUGUUCUUAUUGAGAGAGCCUAAGGGUAUGCCAGGGAGGUGACAAUAAUCCCAACGGAGAGGGAGGAUGAUGGCCAGAAAGUUAGUGGUAAGGAGGUUUUUCCUUAUGACUGAAUACUUAAGAAAUUCUCUUUCAAUCUGUAAAUAUAUGUCAAUUAAUUCCAUUAAAUAGAUGCACACACACACACACACACACACAGAAAUUAAAAAAACAAUGGUUCUCCUGUAAAGCCCUGGUGUUUUCUUUUUAUAUAACUCCUUGAACAAGUCUCUCUUCCGAGUCUGUCUAAAUUCAAGGGCUGGGGCAUGGAGAGUAGUUAGACUGAGUUUUUAUUUGCUACUGUUUAUGGAGGUUUAGGGAUUUGAUACUGCACCUUUGAACUUCAGAGUACAAAAGAAGGAGAACUAACUUAUUUUCUUCCUAAAACCCGUCUGAAUACCUUGUACCUUUCUUACUACCAUAUUUUAUCCAGAGGUACCCUUUUGUUUUUUUUUAAUUGUGGUAAAAUACAUAUUUACCGUAUCAAUCAUUUGUAAGUGUAUAGUUCAGUAGGUGGCCCUUAUCUUUGCCUUUUAUUGCUUAAAAUAGUAAUUUAACUAGCUGAAUUAUUUCAAUUAUUUGACAAUGCCAACUUAUAUAGAUAACAGAACUUUUAUAUAGAUGCUUUAUUUAUAUUCCAGAUAAAAUAUGGCCUUUUGUUUUCCUUUCAAGGCCUUAAAUAGUGUCGACCACUGAUCUCUAAUUUAAUCUGCAUUAGAUGACAUGAAUUGUUUUAUUUUUAGGAAACAAAUUGGCUCCUAGCAUCAUCUAUAGUCCCAUUAAUAAGGAAACCUUUUGCAUUUUGUGUUCUUUCUGCUAAACUUGGUAGAACAUUGAUAUAAAAUACAGUUUCAGAAAAUUUCUGUAUGAAGUCUUUGUACUUACUGUUUUAAAGUGAUGAGGAGGGAGUCAGAAAGGAUUCAGGUGUUUAAAGAGCUGCUUUUAAGGUGGGCCUUGGAUUCUGUAAGGAGAGUCCCUUUGGUUUUGACUUUGUUCCACCACAAGAAAGCACCAGGGUGCCCUGGGCUGCAUCCCUACCCCUCAUGGUCUUUUCUCUUAACUGUCAGAGCCUUGCCGAGGUUCUGCCUUGAAUUUGAUGACUGUGACAUGCCCAAGUGGCCUUGAGGUCUGUUAUGGUUGCUGCAUUCCCAUUUGUGAGUUAACCACUAUUUAAAUGAUGCUGCUUUUAAAAAAGAGUUUUUCUUUUUUUGUUCACACCCUCAGCAUGUUCCAGGGGCAGGGAUCAAACGCACACCACAGCAGCAACCUGAACCACAGCAGUGAUGAUGCUGGAUCCUUAACCCAAUGAGCCACCCCCCCGCUUUAAAGAGUUUUUCAAAGUAUAAUAGGUAUUUGAAGUUUCAGAUAACUGAAGUUUUCAACUUUUGCUUUUAAAAAAAGUGUUUUGGGGUGUUCCCAUUGUGGCACAGUAGAAACAAAUCCAACUAGGAACC